AUCAGCGAAUUGUUUUCCUGUCCCGGAAUGUAAUAAAUAUCGCGGACGAAGAAAUAGUGAGGGAAAGGACAAAUAAGUAAUUUCAGCACUGUGUGAUUUAUAAACCAAUACAUUAUUCAAUGUAAGGUUAAUACUUUAUUAAUUUGCACAACUAUUGCUAAAUUGUUAUCUGGCUUUUAAGAGAAUGGGGCCGUGUUGUGAUACGAAGGACACACGUAAGGUAAGCUAGCUCGCUUUAGGCCUCUAGUUAAAUUUACGCGGAAAAGGAGGGCAAGUAGCUAGCCAAACUAGCUUGCUAACUGUUUAUAGGAAAUACUAGCUAGUAAUUUGUGCAACGAACAAGUUAGCCAGUUACAUCUAAGCAAGCAAGUCCAAUACCCCCUAACUCAUUUGUGGUGUAUUGCUUUAGCUAGUAAGCUGAGGUUAAUUGGCAAAAAUGAGCGAAAAAAAGAGCUGCAGCAAAAAGUCUGCAGUCUCCGCACUGAAGAAACGAUGUCCGUCCUCUAAACAGGCUGGUGAGGCCCCGCUUCCUAGUAAGUUAGCCAGAGUGGGCGACGACGUGUCCAGUGAAUUAACAUCGAAUUCUCAUGGAAACAAAAAUAGGGAAGAUGGUGAUAAAGUAUCAGCCAUGGAAGAGAAGAAUGGAAAUGACGAGAGUGGACUAGACUCUAAUGCACAGGUCAGCGCCGCGGAGAGUGCACCAGUCUCUCGCGAUCCAAAGAAAGUAGACACAGAGGAAAGUGCUGGAGAUUGCCGACCCUCAACUUCAAUGGACCAGUCUGAUUCGGCCACAAUAGCAGCCGCCAAGGCACUCGCUAGUUCCACAAGAGCAACAACAGAUGAGGCGAAACAAACCUGCUCCUCCAAAAAAGUUGUACAUCAUGAGAGACUGGGACACAAAGUUAAGCGUGGUGACCAUGAGUCCUCAAACGAACGGGCAAAACCUGAAAGGGGUCUUCACACGCAGGCAGCAGCAGCAGACAGCUCUACCUCACUGUGUGGAGUUGACAGGGAGGAUGCCGAGGACAUGCCCGAUGAGGACGACAACUCAACACCUGGAUCAUCCUCCACACAGAGUUCCUCAUUCCCAUCAGAUAAUGACGAUGAUGGGGAGUGCGCCAUAGUAUCAGUGAAGAUGGUCCCAGAGAUCCGACAAUCAUUGUCCCUUCUAGCACAGGUACAGAUGAGGCUGGAUACUCUGGAGAAGAAAGGUGCGUGGCUCCACCAGCGGUUAGAGCUGAAGAUGAGCUGCCAGCGCCGUCCACACCUGGACCAGCGCAGCUCAAUCACACAAGCCAUCCCUGACUUCUGGGUCACGGCAUUAUUGAACCACCCUCAUCUCUCUGCUCACAUCGACGAAACUGAUGAAGACGCUCUCAGUUACAUGACCAACCUUGAAAUUGAAUCCUUCAAAAACAACAAGCUUGGCUACAGAAUUGGGUUCCACUUCAGGCAGAACCCUUACUUCCAAAACGUCAUCAUAGUGAAGGAGCUCCACCUUGGAAUGGGAGGAACUCCAGUGUCUUUCUCCGACCCCAUCCUGUGGUACCGCGGGCAGAAUCUGACGCUCCACAGUGAACCCAGGAGAUCGAGACGUGGCAUCUACCAGACCUUCUUCAGCUGGUUCAGCGACCACACCAGCCCUGGCCGGGACGAUAUAGCACAGAUACUGAAGGAUGACCUUUUCAGAAACCCUCUGAGAUAUUACCUGACUCCACUCUGGGAACCCAGGCAGAAUGGCAGCACCAGUGGGCCCAAGCCAGCUGACAACAGCAACAGGGAUGAUUGUGUGGUGAUCUCCGACUCGGAUGAUGAUGAAGACCAGGCUGAAGAGCAGGCUAAGCCUGGACGAGGUCAUAGCAGGGAAGAGGAGGAUGAAGACGAGGACGAGGUGCAUGGGGGCCAAGUUGCAGUGUCUGAUGACAGCGGCCAGGAGGCCAGAGAGGAUGAGGACUCGUACGGAGAGAAGGAUGAAGAGGUGGAUGAAUCACAAGGUCGCGAGGUUCGAGACCAAGAUGACGAGGAGGAUAUUGAGGUGGACGAAGAAGCGGACGAGUGCUAAGAUUGUUCAUUUUUCCCAGUUUCCUUUUUUCUUAUUAUGCACAAAAUCAAAAGUAUUAAUCCAUUCUAAGUUCCUCAUUGCCUUUUUAAUAAUCAGGGCAAAUUAAAAAAGCAGAGACAAUGUUUUGACCUCCUGGUCAGUCCACCUUUUGAGUACUUUAACAUGGUGAAAAAAAAACUUUUUCACCUUUAACAUUCUGUCAUAAAGGGCACAUGUUAAAAAACAUGUUUUCCCAUUUCAAGACUAUAGCAGGUGCCUGUUAAGUGACAAGUAAAGUGGGUUGACAUAAAAUCCCUGUUAACAGGGAGAAUGGAAGCUUGUCUUAUGCAACAGGGAGGGGCAAUUUGAAUGCAAGCUUCACCUCAAAUAAAAUUGUUAAAACUUUGGGUGUCAACCCUGUUACCCAUAGACAGACAAUUUAUGCUCAACCCGUAUAGUUUUCCACCACAAAACUCUAGAAAAUUGCCAAAAAGAAUCGAACCAGCUCACCUGCAUUUGUGCACAAUUUCUACUUAAAGUAUCAAAGGGAUGCAAAAGGCACUCAUUUCGUCGAACUACCCGUAUGUUUAAAAUUUAGAUCCCAGUAAUAAAGAGUCUAAGAAGCCAUGCCUAUAUAUCUUAAUUCUGCAUCGUAAAAGGUAUUCGUUCUUGAGUCAUUCACUCUUGUUAAUAGGGCUACUUAACACAAAAUGGAAAGAGAACUAAUACAAUCAUAUUAAAUGAGGUUUGAGACUGCGAAAAUUUGAGAGCAUCUCUUGUUGCAAGUAGUUCUAUAAAACAAUCUAGAUAUUUUACUGACCGGUAUCAGUGAUCAUGUCUUGAACUUUUCCUAUUGUAAAUCUGAUCUUUGACGAAGUAAAAAGGUGAUAUUAUUUUUUUGUUGAUGGGUUGUAAUCAUUUACAAAACAUUCUCGGUUGCACUUCGUACUGAACCAAAUCUUGUUCUCAGGGAUGACCUAGUCAUGGGUGUUUUCAUGGAAGGAAACUGAUUUAUUUUAGGGACCGUAUAAGGUUUUCUUACACACCUGGCAUUGUUUGGGUGUAUCUGUGUAAAUAAGUUUAUUCUACAGUAGUUUGUUAGUUUAAGGUAAAUAUAGGUAAUGUGUCACCAGUGUUUUGCCUUUUCUAUCAUAAACUUAGUGUAGCUCUACACCCAUAUUUUCUAGUCAGUGAAUUAAUUUAAAUAAUUUUAAAGCUGGAAUCCUGCAUGGCGACACAGCCACGUCCGUUUGCAAUAUUACAACAAAUAACACUUUUCCCCCUCUGUCAUUGCAAAGCAUGAUUGAAGAGCACAAUAUGUACUGCAAUGCUUUACUGCUCCUCAGCCAGUGGUCUGGGUUCCAUCUUUAAAUAUCUUUUAACAAAUUGAUUGAGAUGUGUGAAAUCCAAAAUUUUGUCAUGAAUUGUAAUAUGUUGAGCUUGUUGCAAUGUUAUCUUUUAGAAACUGGCAUCACAAGUUUUCUUUUUGUUGUUGUUGCAUUAAGUCACAAUGAUGUUUGAAUGGUGUGCUGUCCAGAGCGAAUAUUUGCAUUGAGUGGCCGGACGAAGUAGCAUAACUGUAGCCACGGGUUGCUCUUAAACUACUGUAACAAUACUAGUGCUUUUAUGUUAUUUCUUUUCCACACAAACUGAUGGCAUUGGCAUGUACAUAUUUAAAGUUAACCUUUUUUGCAGAGUUCAGAUCUGUUAAGCUUAAAUCGUUAUCUGUAACCAUCUGGAAUUUGAAAUAUAGUGUACAUUAACAGAAAGUUAUAUUUUGUGUGCUGAAUUUUAUAGUAUGCUGUAGUUUUGAAAAUGUUUGUUAGUUUUUUAAGAUGUCCACAUUUUGAAUCAGACUUAAUUAAAUAGCAAGUUAUUUA